AUGGAUUUGAGUUUUCUAUAUGACAACAGUGGUAUUUCAUUGCCUAAGCCAUACGAAAAAAAAAAUUCAUGGUUGGAAUGGUUUCGAUUACGACGAAGGAAACCAAAUUCCGAAGAAGAAAUCAAUGAAAUUCAUGAUCUUAUUCUGAAUGUUUAUGAAUCAAUGGAUGAUCAAGCACGAGCUGUUGUUCUGUCUUUGUCAAAAGUAGUUCACGAUGAAGAUGAAUCAGUAACAAUAGAAGAAAAACUCAAGGCUAUUGUUGCAAUCGGCCAUUCACUUUGUUGUGGUCCUAUGCAAAUUAAAAAUGCAACCCAUCUCUAUGCAAGAUUAUUUGUCCGUGCACUUUCUCAUCAAGAUUUACGAAUGUGUUUAGCUGCGAUGAUCGCUAUUUCUGAAACAGCUAUUGAUAAUCUUAGUUUUCAAAUGAAAGUAAACGAGAUGGAUAUGAUACCGAAAUUAUUCGAAAUAAUGCAAAAUGCUAUGCCACAUGCUGGUCGUAAUGCCGAUAAUAUAAAUAUACAUUCUAAAUUAGUUGCAUGGAGUUGUUAUACAAUAGUCAAUAUUUGUGCGAACUGCAUGCCAAAUAUUCUCCUAUUAAGAGAUAUUGUUCCUAAUCAACUGGAAAUAUUAAAUGAUGCUAUUCAAAUGGAAAUUUGGCGAUAUGUUUGGCGUGAAAAUUACGCUCAAACAAUUGUCCAAUUUGUUGAUGGAAAACUGAUUUCUGGUAUUAUAUGCAAUGCUAUUCAACCGAAACCAUAUUUGUUUGAAAACCAUCAUGAUCACAGUGAAAAAACAUCGAAUAGCAAUUUAUCAUCUAAUCCUAGAUCUUCUUCAGUAAAUUCACAACGAUGUAUAAUACUUUAA